GGUAAUCACACCGGGUGGUUAUUUUAAUUGACCAAGUCGGCAUCCUCCUGCUAUAAAUAAGGCCCCUCCCCCCUGCCGUCUUCUUCGUUCUAUUUUCAUCCUGAUUUCUCUCUCGUUGCGUUCUCGAAUUCUCUCAAGAUGCAGAUCUUUGUGAAAACACUAACCGGCAAGACAAUCACACUCGAGGUUGAAUCCUCUGACACCAUCGACAAUGUUAAAGCAAAGAUCCAGGACAAGGAAGGGAUCCCUCCCGACCAGCAACGUCUCAUCUUCGCUGGCAAACAGCUUGAGGAUGGCCGGACCCUUGCGGAUUACAACAUCCAAAAGGAGUCUACCCUCCAUCUUGUCCUUCGUCUCAGGGGUGGCAUGCAGAUCUUUGUCAAGACCCUGACUGGGAAAACCAUAACGUUGGAGGUCGAGAGCUCCGAUACUAUUGACAAUGUCAAGGCUAAGAUCCAAGACAAGGAGGGCAUUCCUCCGGACCAGCAAAGGUUGAUCUUUGCUGGAAAGCAGCUUGAGGAUGGCCGUACUUUGGCCGACUAUAACAUUCAGAAGGAGUCAACCCUGCAUCUUGUUUUGAGGCUGCGUGGAGGCAUGCAAAUUUUUGUCAAGACCCUAACCGGAAAAACCAUCACUCUGGAGGUCGAGAGCUCCGAUACUAUUGAUAAUGUCAAGGCCAAGAUCCAAGACAAGGAGGGCAUUCCUCCGGACCAGCAAAGGCUUAUCUUCGCUGGAAAACAACUCGAGGACGGCCGGACUCUGGCUGAUUACAAUAUCCAGAAGGAAUCCACUCUUCAUCUUGUCCUCAGGCUGCGUGGAGGAAUGCAGAUUUUCGUCAAAACCCUGACCGGCAAGACCAUCACGUUGGAGGUCGAGAGCUCUGACACCAUCGACAACGUCAAGGCGAAGAUCCAAGACAAGGAGGGCAUCCCCCCUGACCAGCAGAGGCUCAUCUUUGCCGGUAAACAACUCGAGGAUGGCCGGACUCUCGCUGAUUACAACAUUCAGAAGGAGUCGACCCUCCACUUGGUGCUGAGGCUUCGUGGAGGGAUGCAGAUAUUUGUCAAGACCUUGACGGGGAAGACGAUCACCUUGGAGGUGGAGAGCUCUGACACGAUCGACAACGUCAAGGCGAAGAUACAGGAUAAGGAGGGGAUUCCGCCGGAUCAGCAGAGGUUGAUCUUCGCAGGGAAGCAGCUUGAAGAUGGGAGGACUCUUGCUGAUUACAAUAUUCAGAAGGAGUCUACUCUCCACCUUGUGCUUCGUCUCCGCGGUGGUGAUAUGUGAAUGAUGGUGAUGGGUUUGCCCUGAUGGUCGUCGUGGUUUCUGGUCUUUCGUUGGAUGUAUUUGGUUUCGCGUCUAUUGGUGUUGGGGUUUUUAAAAAAAAACCGUGGUUUUCUGUGUUUAUGCUAUUGUCUUUAGUUGCUAUGGAUGUUUUUAAGUACAAUGCUAAGUAAAUAAUACUAGUAGUAUUUCUAUAUA